GCAGUCACUACUAAUUUUUUAUUCUGUCCAUUUUCUUAAGUGACAUUCUUCCUAACAUUAGCCUCCCUGGAAGUCAUUCAUCUGUGUUGAUUCUGUCACUGCUUUCUCAUAACAGCAUAUUUAACUAGAUACUGCAGGGAACUUAUGCUGUGGGCUGACAAGUUAUUACUGAUCCCUCUCUUUCCUGUUUAUUAUUAUUAUUAUUGUUAUUAUUACUUUUCUUCUAGAAAAAGGCCUCUCUUUGCUAGGCUAUCAUCUGUGCAACUAUAGCCUGACCAAAAAUGUGUUCAAGAUGGUUGCCUACCAAAAGUCCUAUGAGAAGAACACUUCCUGUGGUGGAUGGAUCCCCUGGAUGGUAUGUCCCCGGACAUACUAUAAAACACAGUAUCAUUCAGUUGAAGUCCCUGAGACCAUCAACCUUACAGAUUGCUGUGAAGGAUAUGAACAAGUUGGACUCUACUGCUCUUUAGCGCUCAACAGGUCCAGUGUAUUUGCCUCAAGACCUGGUAUCUGUCCAAUGGAGAAUAUGGAAACCUCUGAUUAUCCUUGCACGUUCGAUGCUGAAUGUCCAGGGCUUAAAAAGUGCUGCAACUCAUCCAAAGGAGAGGGCUGUGUGGAUCCAAAGCCAAAGGAAAGGGUAUUCUGGUACAACGUGACAGUGCUGGUGAAGAUGGAUUUUAAUGAAUUAAUCAGAGUGGAUUCCCACCUUCUGAAUCAUUCACGCCUUUUGCACUCCAUGAUUACUGGUGCAUUACAGCCCUUGAAUGCCUCUGUGCACCAUAUCCAGAGUAACCAAGCAGAAAUAUACUCUGGGGCAGUGGCAUCUCAGGUUCUCAUCGGACUGCAUCAACCAGCUCCACUAGCAGAGGUUUCUUCUUCCUUGAAAGACAUUGUGAAGCGCGUCUAUGAAGUGAUUGGACACGGAUAUGUCAAUGAAUGUUCCUACGCUGAAUUCAAUGCUUGUCCUAAGCAAAACACCUGUGUAAAUCUGGAGGGUUACUACAGCUGCAACCCUGAGCAUGAACAUGCAGAUGUCAACCCUCACCAGCUGAGCACAGGAAAGGAAGGCAUGGCAUUGUCUACACCAAGCUCAGAACUGGAUCCCAUUAAUGCUAGCAAUAGCUCUCCAUCUAUAAGUAAUUCAAGUCUCUUGUCCACAACUAACCAAUCUACAGAUGCUGGUUGCUAUCCCUCUGCAAUUAGAAACCACCGAAUCUUCAGUGUUACCAGCAAUAGUUUUGAAAUGUCCUGGCAUGUCGAGUCUACGCUAAACCAUACUUUCCAAGUCCAAGUGUUCAAGGGCGAGGAGAUUGUACAAAACCUGAAAACAGAGGAAAUGAAAAUGAAUGUGUCUGGACUGGAAGCAGGCGUGAUGUAUUCAGUGGAGAUCAGCUAUGAAGCCUGUGGAAAAACCAGCAUCUCCCAUCAAAAUGUUAAAACAGAGGCUAAGAUAUUUGGUGUUACUAUGAGGAUUCUCAACUACAAUUUCACUGAAGAUUUCCGUGACGCCAGCAGCUCAGCAUAUGAAGAAUUUUCAAGACUGUUGCUUACAGAGGUUGCGAAUUCAUUUCCACCUAACAUUACUGCUUUAUAUGAGACUGGGAAACUGAAAGUGCAGACUGAAUCCCUGCAAGCUGGGAGCAUCAUUGUGAGGCUCAGAGUUGCUGUGCAGGAUCCUGAGUUUCCAGUUGAUGCCUCCACCUUUGCUCCAAUGCUUUCUUACCUGUACAAUGGCUCUGUACUUUUGGUGGAUCAGCAGAACUCCGCAAUAGAAGACUGGGAUGAAUGUGCUUCCCACGCCGAGAAUGACUGCUCCGCGUUUGCAGAUUGUAUCAAUGUGAUGGGCUCGUACCUGUGCAGAUGCAAGACAACCGUGGACACCAAUCCAUCCCGACCUGGAAGAAACUGUGAGGGUGAGAUCGUGAACCCUCUCAGUGACAUGACGGCUCUCAAAGUAGCAGACAGCACAGAAUUUGCUCCUGAAGUAAGCCCUGCAACCUCUGCUUCCCCCUCUGUCACCGAGACAGUGGCCACUGUAGGCUCCGAGAUAAGCACCACCAUACACCUGCCUACAGUGCUGCCCCAGGGUGAGAAGCAAGCACCCCACCGUCAUUCUCCCACCAGUGCUCCUCCAGCUCCUUGGAAAAAAAGCCUGGCACCACACACAGAACCACAUGCAGAUUUCAGCAGUGACAGCAGCCCCACGGCCAGGGAGAUGGCAGCCAGCGAGGAACCGACUGUGACAGGAGAGCAGCAGACUGCCGUAAGUCCAUCACAGCAAAGCUCGGUGGCAGAGGCUUCCCCUGAUGCAUCACAGCAAGUGGCUGCUCUCACAAAUACACCCACGGACACGGCAGUUCAAGAGCAAAGGAGCUCACCAUUGCCAGUGUUAUCAAAUCAGACAGCCUCCAGUACCACUAGAAGUCAUGCAGCUUUUGGAGGGCCUCAAGUCCGCUCUCAAGGCAGCCCCAGCACAGCUCCACCAGUCACAGGGGAUGCUGGAGCUUCCAUCCUCAACGCCACUCUCGACACACAUACAGAGACAGCAGGAGAGAACAGCUCUUGGUCUGAGAAAUACACCGCAACCAUGGGCUUGCCAGCUUUGCCAGGCUUCUCUUCAGCUUCCAGCUCAACGCCAAGCUCAGCUGUGGACCGCACUGUCCAGAAACUUAAUGGGAUGGUGCGGAUAACAAAUGUGAAAUACUCUCCGGGCUUUAGCAAUGCAAGCAGUGAGGAAUAUCAAAACUUUGCGCAGCUCUUUGUCGAUGAAGUACACAAAUCUCUGCCCCUUAAGGUCCUUCAGCAAGUGGAGGCUGGUCUGAUUAAAGUGUUGAUAACUGGUAUUACUAAUGGGAGCACGGUGGUAAGUUUCCAUUUACUGAUUGCAGAAGAUGUGGAUAUCUACUACAUCAUCACCACUUUUCGUGAUGCCUUUGAACACAGCUCCUAUUUCACAGUUGACAAGAGCAGUCUCUCCAUAAAUGAUUAUGAUGAAUGCAAGAGUGAAGAAGAUGACUGCUCCCCGGAUGCAUCAUGUUAUAACACACUUGGGUUUUACCAGUGCAGUUGCAAUGACGGAUUUGCUGAUGUGCAUCCAGAAAGGCCUGGAAGAAACUGUGAAGCAUUUCCUACCAGCCAGGAGGCAACAGUGAUGGACAAGAAACCUGUACCCAACACAGUUUUACCUGCAACGUAUUUGCAGACUUCAACUUAUGUUUCCUCCCUUGCUUCAUUGAACUUCUCUGCUACUGAGCACAAGGCUCUGGAGGACACCAAGUUCUCCAGUGUGGUGCUGCCUCCUCUCACCGCGGAUCCUGCAUCAGCUCCUGAUGUUCCUCCUCAAGCGUCUCCCGUCCCCCUUGUUAAACCUGCCCAGGAGGUUUCCAUUAAAGAUGCGGUGAGAGUGUUUUGUGAAAUUGAGAAGAUUGUCCUUGCCAUCCAGAAGGGAUUUUUAGAUCAGGAAUCCAUCCCUGAGUCCUCCCUGUACCUGGGGGAGCCUCGCUGCAACGUGAGCAUCAGCAAUGGCACUCAUGCUGUGCUGCAGGCUGGCUGGAGUGAAUGUGGCACUGAAGUUGAAACCAACGUGAGUAAUACCGUAGUGAAAACCAUACUUCGGAAUGACGUUUCUGCUGUGGGAGUGAUCCACCACUUAAAAGUUGCCAGUCCCAUUCACUGUGUGUUUCAAAACAAUCUCUUGACUUCCUCUGGAUACACUGCAGAGGGAGUUUACACCAUUUUUGAGGAUUUACAUGGAUCUGGACACUUCAGAACAGAAAUGCAGUUGUUUAUUGGAAACUCCCCAAUACCGAAAAAUUUCAGUGUCUCUGCCAGUGAUGACAUACUGAUUGAGGUGGGGAUCCAGAGAGCAGACAGCAAGCUGAAGGUGGUCCUCACUGACUGCUGGGCGACUCCGACUAACAAUUCAGUGGAUCCCCUCUCAUUUACUUUUAUCAGCAACAGCUGUCCUAUCCCAAAUACGUACACCACAUUGCUAGAGAAUGGGAAUUCAAGCAAAGCACAGUUUAAGCUGAAAAUUUUUUCCUUUGUCAACAAUUCUGUAGUUUACUUACACUGCAAAAUUCGUAUUUGUAUGGAGACACCAGGAAGCACCUGCAGGACGAGAUGCCACGCGGCUCGAUCCCUGAAAACCGGUGAAAUCAUCGCUACCCACAGAACAUCCUGGGGACCUCUGUGUAAAUCUGCUGCAUCUGAUUCAAACACAGAGAAGGAGUCUGGGAUGGGAGUUGGAUACAUCAUCCUUAUUGUUGUUGCUGUGUUUGGCUUUGUGGUGGGAGUUGUGAGCCUUGUCAUUUUCCAGUACCAGCGAAAGAUGGGAAGAUACAACUUCAGAAUCAAGUCUGACAACUUCAGCUACCAAGUGUUCUAUGAUUAGUGAUUUCCAAGUUACCAUUGGAAUGUGUCUCUUCACAGAGAAUUGAAGCUUGUCUUUACUCAGCAUUUGGCUUUCAUUACUGUUCAUGAUGGUGGUUACAACUGGUUGCAACACUGGCUCUUCCAAAUUAAUGUCACAAGUAAAAGGCUUCUGUAUCCCUACUUUUGUUGUUGUUGUUGUUGUUAGCAAUUUGGCUUUUCCCUAAUGUCCAGAGAACUAUUUGUGACUGCAGCUCCAGGUUGAAAUCACUUUCCUUGGCAGUUUUUCCAUGGAAAAAAAAUACAAGGGAAAAAGGAGAGACUUCACAGUUCUCUAUUAAAGUUCCAAGAUUUGGCUGUCCCACUGUGCCACAUUGCAUUUUUCCCCUCUUGGCAUCACUUGUGUCGUUACUACUCACAGCUUCAUGUUUCUAUAAAUAUUCCAGGAAGUAAAUCAGCAAACUCUUUGAGAGAUCUCAUUUUUACUUUGUUAUUCACUAUUUACUUAAGGUGAGGUCGAAACCUUGAGCUGCAGCAAUGUUGAAGACCUAAUUGUGCAAAGCCUUAAGUAUACAGAAGCUGAAGAACAAGUAGUUGAUUUGCCACAAAAUAAAGAAAAGGCAUCAUGAAUCUGUGGCUUAGCCUGCUUGGUAUGUUCUUCAGCAUGAGUUUUGAGAUUUGAUUGUAAAUUCUUUAAUUGAUAAGGGCUUGGUGGGAAAAAAAUAAAUAAAUUUGACUCUGGCAAUUCAUAUUUUUCCAGAUAACUCAAUUGGUACCUACUUAUAUCUGUUUAAUUGGACAAGAGUGAUUGUGCAGUUGAGGUACAGUGUGUGCUGCCUAUUGAAGUGAGAGCACUCCAAUUGCAAUACAGUAGAUAUAAAUUUGAGCCGUAUUUCAGCUGGCUGCAAGACCCUACCACUACUGCAGCAGCAAAGGUUUAGUUUCCGUGCUCUGCUGGAUACCACAACAAUCUGUUCAGCUGGAUAAACCGUAACAAAAAUCUCCACACAGUGAGCAGCUCUUGCAGGACUCCUUUCUGGGGUUGGAAAAAACAAGUUGGAAAGCACUGGAAAUCUGCUUUUCUAUCCCCUUAGUUCAAUUGCUGUUAGGUACUAAGAUAACUGGGUAAAGGAUUUGGCCUAUGUUUUGUAAAAUGUCAGAGUGGCUGAUCUUGGAGGUUUUACCUUGAAAAUCCAUAAGUUAAUUUCAUUGUCUUUUCAUUGCUGAAAUAUCAGUUCCCGUAUCCUGGUAUAAAAAUAAACAAAUAAAUAAAAUCAGUUGGCUACAACUCAUUAAUGAAACUGCAAUUUACCUUUGCAAUUUUAAGGUUUGAUGAGCACAACCAUUAAGUUUUUAUAAUGUAUGAGUCUCCUCGCUUUUGCUGUUUGCUCUCAAAU